CGACGCGGCCGCCGGCGACAUUAAAUAACAAACAAUUCCGCGGGAAGAGCAGCUUCCGGUCAACGCCAGCUAAACCUCGACCCGCUGCACUCAAAAGUGACGACUAAAAUGAGUCUGUGGGUGGACAAGUACCGGCCCACGUCUUUGGGGAAACUGGACUAUCACAAAGAACAAGCGAGUCAGCUGAAAAACUUGGUUCAACGUGGCGACUUCCCACACUUGCUGGUCUACGGUCCUUCAGGAGCAGGAAAGAAGACCCGCAUCAUGUGUCUGCUGAGGGAGCUUUACGGCGCUGGUGUGGAGAAACUGCGCAUCGAGCACCAGACUAUAGUGGCCCCCUCCAAGAAGAAGAUUGAGAUCAACACCAUAGCCAGCAACUACCACUUGGAGGUCAACGCCAGCGACGCCGGCAAUCAGGACCGCGUGGUCAUCCAGGAGCUGAUCAAGACGGUGGCCCAGUCCCAGCAGAUCCAGUCCAGCACGCAGAGAGACUUCAAAGUGGUGCUGCUGACGGAGGUGGACCGGCUGACCAGGGACGCCCAGCAUGCAUUGCGGCGCACCAUGGAGAAGCACAUGUUCACCUGCCGCCUCAUCCUCUGCGCCAACUCCACCUCCAAGGUCAUCGGGCCCAUCAGGAGCCGCUGCCUGGCCAUCAGAGUCCCCCUGCCCAGCACCGAGCAGGUGUGCCGGGUCCUGACGGCGGUCUGCAAGAAGGAGGGCCUGCUCCUGCCGCCGGAACUGGCCCAGCGGAUCAGCCAGAAGUCGGGUCGGAAUCUCCGCAAGGCGCUGCUGAUGUGCGAGGCCUGCAGGGUGCAGCAGUACCCCUUCUCACCCGACCAGGAUGUCCCCGAGACGGACUGGGAGGCGUACCUCCGAGAGACGGCCAACGCCAUCGUCAGCCAGCAGAGUCCUCAGAGGCUGUUGGAGGUCCGAGCUCGGCUGUACGAGCUUCUGACUCACUGCAUCCCCGCUGAGAUCAUCAUGAAGGGUCUGGUGACGGAGCUACUUAAUAACUGCGACGGGCAGCUGAAGGCGGAGGUGGCGCACAUGGCGGCGUACUACGAGCACCGCCUGCAGCUGGGCAGCAAGGCCGUCUACCACCUGGAGGCUUUCACCGCCAAGUUCAUGGCGGUCUACAAGAAGUUCAUGGAGGACGGUCUGGACGCCAUGAUGUUCUGAUGACACAUUAAAGUACACCCGGGUGUUGUUGGCA